GACUGUAGCAGGAAGAGGAGUAUAACUAAUCAGACCAGAAAGAUUUCUUUUAAGGGAUGUUUCUUCUGUAAGUUUAUUAGCUCUCUGUUACUAUUUUAAACAAACUUUUAUUCGGCUCUGGAUAUUUGAAUGACUCCCUGAUGCAAGCCUAAGCUUUUUAUUGGAAUUAGCAUCUUCAUACACCCUGGAAAGGUGUCUAAGAUCCUCUGGUCAAAGGUGAGCAUUGACACUAUUAACCCUACAAUGGAUACUUCAGAUUCUGUGGCUUUGUCUCAAAAACCAAAACAGAAAGGGAUGAAACAAGAACAUAAUAAAAAAGCAGAAAUGCAAGAAGAAAGUGAGGAUGCAAGUUCUUUGGGAGAGUUAACAGAGAGUCCCCAACAAGAUCUGUCCAGUGAAAUUAUUCCAUACUCUGAAACAGAAAUAUCAAGGACAGAAGGAAUACCUGCAGUUGUGUGCGAUGAUAGAGCCUGUCACUCUACCCAAAACUCAAGAUGGUGGAUUCCAAGGAUUCGGAAAGAUGAUGAAUUCUUCCAUUUUGUCAUUAUUUGUUUUGCUGUUGGAAUGUUAUUAGUCUGCUAUUAUAAAUAUAACGACUGGACUAUUUCCACUGGAAUUGGCUUGAUGACCUUUGCAACUCUAGAAACAACAGGAAUAUAUUUUGGCCUUUGGCAACGCAUUCGAAGUAUCCUCGAAUCUUUCACCCCGCUUAUUCAAAGAGUCAGAAUGCCUGGGUUCAAAAAACUUAACUAAGCCAGAAAUCGCAAGAGCUCUGCAAAAUCCUGUUUGGUUUCAUGACUGCAAUGACAACUGUAACAAUGUGCAAACAAUAUAAAUGUCUGGGCUAAAGAACUGAGAUCCUAAGACUGGAGCUUGUAAGAUGGGAUGAAGAGCUUGGGCCAUCCAAACACAGCACAGAUGCCAUCAACAGCUCCACAACAGCCUGAAGGUAAACGGCCUUCAAGCAGUCCUUUACAAGGAAAGGGCUGGAGAAAUUGACUCAGUAUUUAAACCUUGGCACAUGCGUAUAAUAUAGCUAGAGUUUCAGACUCUUUAAAAGCUGUUUUGGUCAUUAUUAGAGAUGCUGGUACUGCAAUAAAGUUAUUUAUCUAUCUCCAA